CCGUCGGUGUCCAAAAAGGACCAGAGGGUGUACGAGGCGCUGCGCAACAAGCUGCGCGCGGUCCGCGGGCACCUGGGCGGCGCAAGCGGCGGCGGCGCCAGCGCGGCAGUGUCCGCCGGCGACGGGGGCGGCGGCGGCGGCGGCGCGGCGGGCGAGGGGCUCGAGGCGUCGGACGGCGCGCGGCCGAUGGACACGGCGGCGGCGGGCGCGGGGCCGGGAAGGGAGGAGGGGAUGGACGGGGUGGAUGGCCCGGACGCGGCCGCUGACCCUAUGAAUGAGUGA